AUGAAUAUGACUACAAAAUCCCCCAAGACUCCAAGUCAAGAUGCACAAGGUCGAUGGGGUGACUUAUUGUCACCAACACAAGUACUUACUGGCCAUGAGCCAACAACAUCAGUCGUAUCGAAAAUAAAGAAAAAACAACCACGCAAUCGAAAAUUACAACGUUAUUGUCGAAAACUUCGCAAACAAGGUGUUGAUAAGGCAACUAUUCAAAUGUAUGAACGUACGGCUCUUUUAGAACAACAAGACGCAUCACGAAAUAUGGAUAUGGAACAAACAGUUCCUUUAAAUGAUACACAGAAAUUGCCUGGUCCAUACAAUCCUGAACGAAAAACAACAAAACGUAAAAGAGAUGAAUCCACAAAACAAGAUGGACAAUAUCAAGAUACAUCUAUGUCAAAAUCCUUUAGUCAAUUAUCAAUGAAAGAAAAUUCAAAGAAGAAGAAAAAAAGAUCUUCAUCAUCUUCGAAGACACAAGAACAGCCGAAGGAGCAGCAACAACAGGAAGAGGACGAAAAUAAAGUAAAUAUUGUUGCAGAUACUGUCAAUAAACAGGCCAGAUCAUUACAUUAUUAUUUAAAUACAAACAAUAAAACAUUUAAACAAAUGUUAAAAUCUGUCGUUGUUGAUGAUGAUAAAAAAUUUUUACAAUGGUGUAAAUCAAAAGAAAACUUUGACUAUGUUCGUGAACAUACUCGUUUAUUAGAUCGAGUCUAUUAUUUAAAAUUAGAAGAAGAUCUAUGGAAAAAUUAUUUAAUUUAUGGUGAAACAUACCGUUGUUGGACAUCAUCCUUAUCAAAAACAAUCAUUAAUGAUAAUAAAUUAGAAUUCGAUUAUAAAAUAUCAAAAAAAUCAAUGGAAAAAUAUAUAGAAAAAAUUAAACAAAAUAAAGCAACAGCUGAAGGAGAAGUACAAAAACAUGUUUUGUUAUUGAAAAAUUAUCAACAACCCAAUUCAAACAUUAAUGAACAACGUUUAUGGGCAGCUCUUUUAGCUUUAGUACGUAAAGGUCAAAAGAAAUUAUCUCAACAUUAUGAACAUCGAAAAGAACGUUUGAAAAAUAGUGCUCAAGAUUAUUCUUUAGUUAAAGCAUGUUAUGAUUGUCAACCAACACAAGAUGAAAUUAUGUUCAUGCAAAUUAUUUGGCAAGCCACUAUGAAUGAAUGUAAAUCACAACAAAAUGUUGAUAUUUUAAAACAACAUCUUUAUAUGAAACGAAUACCUAAAUCAUUAGAUUAUCUUGAUCAAUCAUUUUCAAAUGUCGAACAUACAUUAGCUCGACCUAUUUAUAAUGAUAAUAUUCGAACAACAUUUACAACACGUCAUAAAAAAAUUAUUGCACAAAAUAAACUUGACCUCAUGACACUUUAUAUUAGUAUGUCUGAAGCAGCUACACGUGGUUAUCAUCAGUAUGGUGAAGAUGAGAAAAACAAAUUAAUCCAUCGUAUGAACCACGAUUCACUUCGACAAUUUUUCGUCGAACCAUUUAUCCAAGCUAUUGAACAUCGGCAAAAACAUAUUCGACAAUAUAUGCAAUAUGCAACAAAACGACGUCUUCAUUUUUUCUACCAUCGCUCCGAUGAUCGUCGACAAAAUUGGUAUCGUCGGAGCUAUCAUCUUAAUUUAUAUUGGGAUAUUCUUCCAUCCUCACCUAUUAUUGAAGUUCAUUUAAAAUUAACACCGGAACAAUUGGCAUUACUUUCUCGUGGACCAAAAUAUGUAACACCAUGUCAAAGUCGAUUUUAUAACAAGAAAAAGAAAGAAAAAUUAAUAGACAAAGAACAUAAUAAUCUUAUGAGUACAAUUAAAGAAUUUUUCCGUCAACAUAGUUAUUGUAUAUCAGAAACACGUACCGAUGAAUUUUCAAGUGAUCUUAAAAAUCUUCUUGUAUGUCUUUAUACAAAAAAAUUAUCACGAAAAUUAUCUGUACGUGCAAAACGUGAACAUAAAUUAAUAAUGAGUAUUCGUCGUUAUUUACGCAAAUAUCAACAAGUGAUUUUACGACGAACAGAUAAAAGUAAAGUAUUUCAUUUAGGUGAUGCCAAUGAUUAUCAAAGAAAAGUCCUCGAAUAUAUGCAAGAAACAGAAGCUUAUGAAGAAAUUACCUCUGGUAUAUCACCAUUAGCAGCGAAUUUAGAACAAGUUACUUCACUGUUAAAUCAUCUUCACCAUGUUGCAAAACCCUUAAUAACUAAAAAGCAAUAUGAAGCAAUGUAUCCAAAAGAAAAGGAAACUGAAUUAGCUCACCUCUAUUUUAUACCAAAACCACAUAAAAUUGGCACACCAUUACGACCGAUCGUAUCUGGAAUUCAUGCACCAGCUACAUUAAUAUCCAAAUAUCUUGAUGAUUCACUUCGUCCUGUUUUUAAUCGUGUUGCACGAAAAACAAUCUAUGUUAAUAGUUUAGAUCUUGUGAAACAAUUAGAAAAUCAUGAAAGACAAGGUCAUCUAUUGUCAACUACAAAAUUCAUUACAGCUGAUGUAAAAAAUCUUUAUACAAUGAUACCCAAAGGUGGUGCAUUAGAUGCUUUAUAUCGAUUUUGUGUUAAACAUGGUACAAAUGGCAAAAUUGGCAAUUUAAAUAUCAAUACCAUUAUUCGAUUGGCAUGUCUUGUAUUAGAUACCAAUUGUUUUGUAUUCGAAAACAAAUAUUACAAACAAAUUCGUGGUGGUGCGAUGGGCUCACCAUUUACAAUGACAUUAGCUAAUAUUUAUAUGUAUGAAUGGGAACAAUCAUUAAUAGAACACCAACAACAACGAAAUGAACUCUAUGGCCGGUAUAUUGAUGAUAUAUUUAUGACGUCCAAUGAACCUGUUGAAAACAUUAAAGCAUUACUUGAUCGUGAAAAUGCAAAAGAUCCAAAUAUUCGUAUCACGUAUACUAUUCAUGAAUCUGUUGAAUUUCUUGAUGUCUUAAUUGAAAAUAUUCAAGGACAAUUAAAAACAUCAGUAUUUCGUAAACCAGCUGCUGAACCAUACAUUUUACCAUAUACGUCGGAUCAUCCACGUCAUAUUCAUUCCAAUACAAUCCAUACAGCAUUACUUCGAGCUAUUCGACUUUGUUCAGACAUAGAAACAUUCGACCAAGAACGAUUAAAUAUUGAAAUAGCCCUACUGUUAAAUGGAUAUCCACCAAAUUUUAUCAAACGUCAUUUAAUACAAUUCUUUAAAAAUCAUAAUGCUAUGUCAAUCUAUCAAGACUUACAUGCAGAAACCUAUAAGAAACUACAUCAACAACUACUUGACGAAUCAUUAACUCAUCAUACAGAAUUCAAUCAACCACAACAACAACAACAACAACAACAACAAUAUGCACAAACCAACCAACAAUGUCAAACAACCACAUCGAAAAAGCAACCAUACAUCAUUAUCCAUUACCGAUAUGAGAGCGGUCCAGUAAAAACUCUCAAUUCAAAACUUCGAAAACUUUGGAAGAAACAUUUCUGUUACCCAACAUCAUCAGUUAAUAAUGUUCGACUCAUCCUCGGUACUCGAAUCAAUAAAACAAUCGAAGACUUACUAGUCAAGAAGAAAACACCUCGGAACCUACUCCGAAAUGCCGAUUCCACCUCAACAUGA